AUGGCUGGACUCACAACACUUCUCUCUUGUUGUCGCCCCGACGGGGCAGUCAGUACCCGGAACGAAACGUUCUCUGCUUAUACGGUGAUCUGCGACAAGCCAAGACCGACAAAACCACCGCGUAUCUCAGAUUCGAAUGCCGCGCAACGGGAUAUUAUAAACAAUGCAAUUGAGAUCCUGCGUGAUGCAGAGAAGUAUGGUACAGAGCUCGAGGCACAGCUUAAUGACCUCGUUGUAUCCACAAGCUGGACAGAAUGGAUCGCUGAGAAUAUCCUGGCUGGUAUUAAGGCGGCUCUGAGAGAUGGGAGAGAAAAGAUGGGACAAGCUAUGACUAUCGCUUAUGAUGAGGCUGCCAAGGCUGCUGAUGAACUUUUCGAGUUUGCGGGAGAUCAUCCCGUGCUGACUGCAGGGUUGAUUACCAUCAUCGCCGUUGGUAUCUUGGUAAUUCUGGCUCCUAUGAUCGUCGAGGCACUGGGAUUUGCUGAGCUUGGUCCGGUGGAAGGGUCUUUCGCCGCCUUGUGGGAGAGUACAUAUUCCGGGUUCAUCCCAAAAGGCUCGCUAUUUUCAUUCCUCCAGCGCCUUGGCAUGGUCUGGGGACGCGGAUGA